AUGCUUAAAGAAGAGUGUGGUUUCCCAGAUACUGUUGACUUUAGUGACAGAUAUAAAGAAGCUAUUGGAAAGUUCAAGGAUGGAAAUACUGACCCGAACCUAUUUAGCUUUAUGGCUCAGCACCAAAACGGAUAUAAUCUCAAACCUGGAAAAUACAAGCUCGCUAAGGGAUAUGAUUUAAUAGCAUAUCAUCCAAAUGACAUGGAUGAAUUUACUCCGAGAUAUUUGAUGUCAGAGCUAAAUGACAAUUCAACUUUCGUCAUGAAACGCGUAAAAAAUAGAGACGGAACGAAAGAACAAAAGCUUAUGAAUGCGGAUGACGUAGAUAGGGAAAUUGUUAAAAACGGUCUCGGAAUAUAUGAAAUGCCAGCAGAUGAGGUACAAGAAACUCCACAGGAAGAAAUAGUUCAGAUACAACCAGACAUGGAAGAAAUAGUUCAGCAACAACAGCUAGAAGAGCCUGAAGGAAACGAACAAGUCACUCCUUUGGAAACUAACUUCACAGAACUAGAUGAAGAUUUGGAACAGCCGAAAAAUCUUGACCCUCAACAAGAGUAUGCGGAGAAUAUGGAAUAUUUCCAAGAGUCUAAAAAAAAUUCGGCUGACAUAGUAGAAGAAUAUCGAAAAAUGUUCGCCGACAUACAAAAGACUCCAGCACCAGAUGAAAAUAUUCAGCAUAGAAUGGAAGCACUGAAAGAAAAUGUACACAAAUACAACAACCCUUUUUACUUACGAGCAUUUAACGUUCAAUCUUCGGAUGAACUCG